CCAUGGGAAUAAUAACGGGGGUGUUUAGUUUCUUCUAUCACUUACCACGGAUUUAUAAAUGGCUUCUGCAGCCAUAUUAUAUCACAUCAUUUUUCUUAUCAGUUGCCUUUCUCUUCACAAGGAAAUGCCCAGGUCUGUGCGAAAACCUAACUUCGACACGAGAAGACGGGGACUCGUGCGCAUUGGACUGGAGAGAGGUGGAGAUCUUGAUGUUUCUCAGUGCCAUCAUCAUGAUGAAGAAUCGCAGAGCAUUUACCAUCGAACAGCACAUUGGCAAUGUUCUACUCUUCAGUAAAGUGGCAAACAUCAUCCUAUUCUUCAGAGUGGAUCUUCGUCUUGGACUAGUUUACAUUGCCCUCUGUGUUGUCUUCAUGAUAACCUGCACGGCUCCAGUUUAUAUGGGGCCAGAGUACAUCACAUACUUCACUGACAAGACAAUUGAGGAAGAGCUGCAGCGCGACAGCCGAAUUAGAUGGAUUGUGGAGUUCUAUGCCAACUGGUCUCCUGAUUGUCAGUCUUUUGCCCCUGUCUUUGCAGAACUCUCGCUGAAAUAUCACAGUACUUUUCUGAGAUUUGCGAAGAUUGAUGUUGGCCGGUUUGCAGAGAUGGCUGAGAAAUAUCAGGUGAAGUCUUCCGCUCUCUCCAAGCAGCUGCCCUCUCUCAUCAUGUACCAAGCCGGUCGCGAGGUCAUGCGGCGUCCUGUGGUGGACAGCAAAGGGAGAGCCGUGUCCUGGAGCUUUACAGAGGAUAACAUCAUCCGUGAGUUCAACCUGAAUGAACUCUACCAAAGAUCCAAGAAGCUCAACAAGGGUAAAGAGGAGAACUCUGCAGAGGCGGAGGAGAAAGUUCCGGACCAGCCAGAGCCAACCGCAGAGCAGCAAGAGGAUUCUGAUUCCGAAACCAAAAAGGACAAAUAAACAGAAUAGAAUAACCAACAUUUUGGACUUUGAGGCCUGUACAAUUGUUGAAUGGUAUCAGUAUACAUACAGAGCCAGUGGUAUGAUGGCUCCACUUCAAUGGUUCAAUAUGUACCUCCCUUCAUGGCCACAUUACAUCAAACAGGAACAACUUUCAAAAGAGGUCAUGAACAGCUACAGAUGUGUGGUAAAAUGUAGAAUAGAUUAAAUAUAGAUCUACAAAGGCAUAACAAGGACCGUGCCGAGUUUUGGGUGAGUAGAGUAGUUUUGAUGCUCCAUUGGAAGAAAGUCUUCACGAGAUCAUUUAAAAGUCAGGUGUGCAAUUUCUCUCCCAUCCACAAAUAUCCUCUUUUUCAUGAAUAUUUGCAACCACCAUUAAUUUCCAAAAAAGUCAAAGUACCCUGGAGCUUGUCAAGUGAGGAUGGAUGACCUUACUCUUGCAACUGGUAUUUUCCUUCAGCAGAAAAGGACAAUGAUGUAGGACACACUAGAUAAACCAAUGUGUGGAUGCACCUUAAGAGCAUUUUUGUUUGAGUUAACACAAUAAAACUCAUUAUUAUAUGUA